UAUUUCCUAGCUGGUUAAAACCCACAAUCUGCUGACCACCAGGAACUACAUUUUUGGGUACCAUCCACAUGGCAUCAUGGGCCUGGGUGCCUUUUGCAACUUCAGCACAGAGGCCACGGGUGUCAGCCAGAAAUUCCCUGGGAUCCGGCCAUACCUCGCUACCCUGGCUGGGAACUUCAGGAUGCCCAUUUUGAGGGACUACUUAAUGUCUGGCGGUAUAUGUCCUGUGAACCGUGACAGCAUAGACUACAUCUUGUCCAAGAACGGUAGUGGCAAUGCCAUCAUCAUUGUGGUCGGAGGGGCAGCGGAGUCCCUGAACUGCACCCCAGGGAAGAACUCAGUGACGCUGAAAAACCGGAAAGGAUUUGUGAAACUGGCUCUACGGCAUGGUGCGGACUUAGUUCCUGUCUACUCCUUUGGGGAGAAUGAAGUGUACAAGCAGGUGAUCUUUGAGGAGGGUUCCUGGGGAAGAUGGGUUCAGAAGAAGUUUCAGAAGCACAUUGGCUUUGCUCCAUGCAUCUUUCAUGGCCGUGGACUCUUCUCCUCCAACACCUGGGGAUUGUUACCUUACUCCAAGCCAAUCACUACUGUUGUUGGGGAGCCCAUCACCAUCCCCAAAAUCAAUAACCCAUCCCAGAGGGAAGUGGAUUUCUACCACAGCAUAUAUGUGGACUCCCUGAUCAAACUCUUUGACAAGUAUAAGAGCAAAUUUGGCCUGCCAGAGACUGAGGUCUUGGAAGUCAACUGAAGGGACUGGCUCAGCAGCACCUCCUCAGAAUCAACACAUUUUCUCCAGGAGUCCAAGCUGUCAUGUACUUGAAAGCAUGUGUGGGUGUAUGUGUCUUUCAAAGAAAGUGUUUCAAGUAUUGCUAGACCACUUUUUUUAAAAAAAAAAAGGCUUUACUUUGGAUAAAUCCCAUUACAAACCU